CUCCUCCCUAAGAGUCCAAAUUCCGUCGCUCUGGCGCCUUCGGCCUCCGCCGGCCGGGCCCCAAGGGCGGGGCUCCUCCUUGGCUGACUGAUCACCAGCUGCGCUCCCAGGGUGUCCUUUCUGCUCGCAAUGCCUCCGCCGAGGGGUGACGUGACAGCCUUGUUCCUGGGGCCUCCAGGCUCGGGGAAGUCCGCGCUCAUCGCAGCGCUGUGUGACAGCGAUGUGGAGACGGUAGAGAUCCCCGAGGGACGGCCGGACGCCGGGAUUCCCAGCCUGAGAGCGGCGGGCCCGGGCCUCUUCCUCGGGGAGUUGAGCUGCCCACCCGCAGCGCCUGGGCCCUGGGCUGCAGAGGCCAAUGUGCUGGUACUGGUGCUACCCGGGCCCGAGGGAAACGAGGAGCCCUUGGCCCCAGAGCUGGGAGAGGCAGCGCGCGCCGCCUUGGCUCGAGGGACCCCGCUGUUGGCUGUGCGGAACCUCGGUCCCGGUGAUUCACAGCAUGAGACCCAGGCCCGCGAUCAGACCGCGGCGCUGCUGGACAGCGCAGGGUUGGGGGCCGCGGCUCUCUUCCUGCUCCCCGCGGACUGCCGCCGCAGCGAGGGCUGCGAGGAGCUAGAGCGCCUCAGGGCGGCGCUGCGGAGCCAGGCGGAGGCGCUGCAGAGGUUCCUGCCUCCCGCCCAGGAUGGUUUCGAGGUGCUGGGUGCUGCAGAGCUGGAGGCUGUGCGCGAGGCCUUUGAGACUGGUGGCUUGGAGGCUGCCCUGUCAUGGGUGCGGGCAGGCCUGGAACGCCUGGGCAGCGCGCGGCUGGACCUGGCGGUGGCUGGUACAACCGAUGUCAGCCUUGUGCUGGAUACGCUGCUGGGGUUGGAUCCUGGCGACCCAGGGGCCAUGCCUGCCUUGGCACCCACGGGGCCCACCCCGUGGCCAGCCCCGGAGCGCCCCAAUGUGGUGCUCUGGGCCGUGCCUCUGGGCUCCGAGGGCUCGUCCCCUGGUGCCACCCCUCACCCGAGCCACUACGACGCCCUCAUCCUUGUCACUCCUGGAGCCCCCACGGAGAAGGACUGGGCCCAGGUCCGUGCCUUGGUGUCACCAGAUGCGCCUCUUGUCUGCGUGCGAACAGACGGUAAGGGCGAAGAUCCUGAGUCUCUGGAGGAAGGAGAAACUGUGGAGAGGCCCAGAGACCAGAGCUUGGGGAACACAGGCGAAGAAGGGGCAGUGGCAGAAGUGCCCAGCGAGGAGAAACGCGGCGCCGGGUCGCAGAAAGCGGGCGGCGGGGAAGGUUCAGAGACAGCUGGCGGCCAGAGCUUGCGGCAGGUGGUCGGCGCCCACACCCGGGGCAGCGGGGACCCAGGGCGCGCGGCUGCCCUGAGCCCAGAGGACGAGCCGUGGGAGGUGCUGGAGGAGGCGCCGCCGCCCGUGUUCCCCCUGCGGCCCAGCGGGCGGGAGCUGGCUGCGCGUGCGCACUUCCCGGGCCCGGUGACGCGCGCCGAGGUGGAAGCCAGACUGGGUGCCUGGGCGGGCGAGGGCACAGCGGGCGGCGCCGCGCUGGGCGCCCUCUCCUUCCUGUGGCCUGCGGGUGGCGCGGCGGCGACAGGUGGUCUGGGAUACCGCGCCGCGCACGGUGUCCUGCUGCAGGCUCUGGAUGAGAUGCGGGCGGACGCCGAGGCGGUGCUAGCACCCGGGGAGCCGGCCCAGUGAGGGGCGGGGUGGGUGAACCCCAAGUCCCAGUGAGAGGGGCGGGGACUUGAACGCCUGAGCCUGACAUAAGGGGUGGGGGGAGGUGCUACUCGGAAUCGUUGGACUUGGGGGACGCGGGCUCUGACUUCUGUUUGGGAUAUGUGGAGUCCUGAAGGGGAAUAGAAUUUGGGGGACGAGAUUCCUGAUUUUUCUGCGGACCGGGGCGUACACUACCCUGAUCCUGUCCUCGAGGGAUUGGCGGCCUGGACUCCUGGAAGGAAGGACAUCCUUGUCUCCAACUGCAGUUACAGGACGUCUACCCAGGGGAGACGGUUUAGAAGCCCUGCUUCCGGAGGGGUUGCGUGGACUGGCCUCCCGGGGAGGGGAGGGGAGUCUGGGUGCCCUGGGAAGCCAGAACCCUGGGACUUCUGGGUCUAAAGGGAAACAGCCUAGGUUUUCCAGGAGGAAAAUGCCUCCCAGAACCCCCAGGGACAAUGGACUUUGAAUCUUCACGAGAUGGGGGUUGACUCUGGGGUCCCAGAUUCCUGGUGCCCGAGAGGGCCAUGCACCUUGGUUGCUGGUCCUUAGGUGGCGGGAAGUCCGCGCGUGGAGGAGGGAGCAGAGGGGAUGGCGGAGCGCGGACUCCUGGGUGUGGUGGAGUGAAGGGAUGUGUGAUGUUGCUGUCUGGGGUAGGAAGGAUGAUCGAACAGUAGAGAGAGGUGAGAGGGCUGAACUUGGUAGGCUCUGAGUGUGGUCGGGGACCAUGAGUGAGACUCAGAUGCGGAAGAGCAAGAACCUGUACUGCAGACCUCAGUGCUGUGCCUCGUCCCAGCAGCUGCCUCGCUGAGUUUGACGGGAAGGGAUAUGAAUACCCCCACCUUACAGGUGCUGAGUGAUGCAGAGGAUCUUGGGUGUAUGUUCCUGUCCUCUAGAAUGUGCUUCUGUUUUUGUUUCGUCUUGGUUUCUUCUGUCCUUAUAGUAAGCUUAACCCUUUUGGCCUUGGUGUUUUGUAUACCUGACUUUUUGGAGGAGCAGCUGUCCUGCGUGGACAGUCUGAACAUCUUGACACGGUCUUCUCCUCCACUAUCCCCAAGAGGCUGUGUCAUCCGGUGUACACAAAGGAUGUGUGUCUGCAAGCAGGGUUCCCCCAGAAUGGUGGGACAGAAAAGGCAGUAACCACAGUGCCUGCAAUGUUCUAGGCCACAAGUUAAAGGAUUUUUCAGUGUCCAAACUAGAAGAAGGAAACGGGUAGAUGAGGAAAGCAAGUCUAGAGAGGGCAGGCCAAGAGCACAACGGCACAAAGCAAGGAUCUGUGUGAUGUGGUCCUUGCCUCUUCUCAGUCGCUGCCCCAUCUCACCCCCAGCCAGGGAGAUCUUGCUGAUUGACUGUGCCACAUUGGGUCCUGCCUCAGGACCUUUGCACUUGCUGUUCUUUCCUGAAAUGCUAUGCCUCCGCCUCUUCCCAUGACUGGCUCCUUGUUCAUAAGGUUGCCACUCAAAUGUUCCCUCAGAGAGAGGUCUUCUGUGAUCACCAAAACUGAAGUAGCUUGUACGUCCCCAUUUCUGAUCCUGGCCGGUUGAUUUUUUUUUGUAGAAAAUAUUACUAUAAAAACUGACUUUUUUUUUUUUUUUUAGAUGAGUCUUGCU